GCGGACCGUGGAGCGCGAUAGGAGAACGUCCGGGGUCCGCGCCCCUGACCCACAGCCAGGGCCCGACUCCGGGUAGCCGCCUGGGGGGGUCCAGCCGCAGAACCGGGGGGCCCGAUGGCUGACGCCGCCUGACGAGCAGAAGCUCUCUGAAAAGCGGCCGUCGCAGGAGCAUUUCAGACGCGUCUCCGGACGUCACCCCGACCCUUUCUGGCAGCGCCGGCUGGGGAAACCGGAGGAGCUCGGCGGGCGCCGCCGGAGGGGCCGUUGCGGGAAGACGUGGGGCUCUGAAGAGAUCUGCCCCGCCCGCCCCGGAGAGCUUUACAAAACCCCACCAAACAGGAGGCGAUUUGGGCUGAAGAUGAGCGACCGGGGCAGGGGUCUCCCCGGGAGCUCCCCGACGAGGGCCGGAGCCGAGCGCCUCCUUUGAUCUACGGGACACGCCGGGGCCGUAUCCCUCCGGCCGGCGCUCGGCUGAAACCGGCAUCUUCCUGCGGCCGGUGCCCAAAGACGGGGAGCGCCCGGCUCCGCGGUGCGACCGAUGAGGGGAGGUUGGAAGAAGCGGCCGUGUGACGUCUAGAGGAGACGCAGCUGGGGCAGGAGAUGGGUUUGGGGCUCGACUCUCCGGCACCAGGGUAGGACGGGAAGGAAGCGAUGGCAAACCCUGGCAGAAAUUGGGGGGGGGGAGCCCCCCACCCGCGCAUUGCCUCUGCAUGGAGACCUGCGUGAUACAGGACGUCAGAGCCGAUGCUCCUUCCCCAACCGGCCGCUCACCCGGACCGAGCAACGCCGGGGACGGUCGAACCGGCCACCCUCACCGCCACCCCUGACUCUGCUGCCAAAUUAGCCGGCGUCCAAAUCAGAGUGAAACAUCCUCCUCCCGCGGAGGCGGACACUCGGGAUGGCAAAAUACACCACUGAAGGCAGAGGAGGCAGCUUGACCGUGGUCAAGGAAGCUGAUCCUGAUUCUGGAAGCCUGGACCCAUAAAUUUCGCUACCCGGUGACGCCGUGUCCCGCAGAUGCUCCGUUGCUCCCGUCAACUAUUACCGGCUUCCCCCGACGCCCCCGGCUUCAGCUCCGGCUAAUAUUCGUCUUGUCUUUGAGAGCCAAACCCAAGCACCCAGAGGAAGCGGCAGGACGCGGGUUAGAUCUCCGCCCUCGCGUUGGGAGAACGGGGGAAGACGUCGACGGAAAAACCAAGGGACGGGACGCACGGGGACGACCAGAGACAAGCCUCCCACGCGCGCCAUGAAGAGACGGAGGGUCCAGGAAGCAGAGUGAGGAACCAGUCCUGGGGGAGGUCGGUUUUGUCGGCAAAGAGGGACGUUAAAGGUUUUGUCACUGGAGCCGACAGGAGAAACCUCACCAACCCGCCGGAGACCCGUUUCGAGGUCCAUCUGAGCUUGAAUCAAGCACGAAGGACGUCUUGUCCAAGUCUAUCCUACUGCCGAGCGCCGCCGAUGCUCAGAACCCCGCCGGAAAAGACCGGCUCCUGCACCACAAACAUCCUCAAAAAGCCCUCCCCACCGCUCGUGGGGAGAAUCAGGGAGCAGAAAGCGCACGGUGCAGGCGACCGAGAACGUGUCCGGAGACACAUGACACCUGCUCUUGGGAAGAGACAGGCUCUGUGCUUUGCUGUUGUUACUGCUGGGACUCGCUGCACUAACUCGCCCCUCCCCGCUGCACCCCAUCUGCGACACCCGAGUCAUGGAGAAAUUCAUCAAGGAGGCCAGAGACACUGAGAACGCCGUGGAAGGUUGUACAAAUUCUUGCAACUUAUCAGAAGUUCUCACGGUGCCCGACACGAAGGUUAAUUUUAACGAGUGGAAGAAAAUGGAUAGGCAGACGCAGGCGGCGGAGGUGUGGGGGGGGCAGGCCCUGCUCUCGGCCGCGGUGCUCCGGGCCCGGACCCUGGUCCCCGACCCCUCCCUGAACCAGCAGCUCGGGCGCACGUACAGCAACCUGCGCAGCAUCACCCAGAUCCUGCGCAGCCACGACGCCCAGGUGGAGCCGGCCCUGCCCCCCGCCCCGCCCCCCACCCUCAGCAUCCAGACACUGGCCAAACUCCUCAGCGUCCACUCCAACUUCCUGCGGGGGCGGGUGAAGCUGUUCCUGACGGACGCCUGCAGGCCCGACACCAGGUGAGGGGCUCCCACCCAGCCCCGACCGCCACAGCACUCCGCCCCCUCCCCCCUUGGAACCUUCCUGGUGGCAGAUGAUUGACAGCCGCCAAUCAUCCACCCACCGGACAGCAGACAUGGAGCCUUGGGAAAACCUCGCUUGGUGAUUGACAGCUGUCAACCAUCCCGGAGUCAUGGAAGAAACCCGGCUCCUCUUGGCGGGGGUGUGUGUUAAACAUUGAUGGGUGACUGGCAGCUGUCAAUCACCCCCAGCCACACUGCCUAGACUGCUGCCAGCACGUCACGGGAGAAAUACAAAGAUGAUUGACAGCUGCCAAUCAUCCCGCGUUUGGCUUUUGGAAUUCCGCAUGAAUAAAGUGGUGGAGGAGGAGAACAUUGCUACAGGGCAGCUGAUGAAAGAUUGACAGCUGUCAAUCAACCCAGACUGCAGGGAGACAGACGAGCCCUCCCGGAAGUGGAGCGAGAUCCAGCGGAUUGACGCCUGUCACCCGGCCCCGAGCCUGGCACAGACCUCGCUGUCGCCCCAUGAUUGACAGCUGUCCAUCACCCCCGUCACGGCUCAACGCACCGACCGGACCCCCCGAUAACCAGCGGGAAGCUAGAUCAGUCGAACUGACAGCUGUCAGUCUCUGAAGAUUAGCAUCCGCGGGUGGGGUAGGCAGGGGAGGGGUCCCUGGGUAACCCGCCGCCCCGCCCCAGAGGUGGCUGCAUCUCAGCGCCGGGCGAGGGGUCCCUGGGUCACCGGCCGCCCCGCCCCAGAGGUGG